AUGGAAGAGGUUCAAUGCUAUCUGUUCACCGAUUUGCUUCUACUGUUGUCGGAGCAGCAGUCCAGGAGUUCGCCGAGGAUGGAGCGCACCUGUCGUCACCGAUUGCCCCUCCUAACCCUCUCCCUCCCGUCGUCCCUCUCCACCAGCAAAGGGAAGGAGGACGGCAAGUUUUUGUUGAGCACGUCACGAGAUACGUUCGUGUUCGAGUGCCAGAGCGCGGAGGAGGGCGUCGAGUGGAUGACCGCCCUGCGGGACAACAUCCGCCACCUGCUCGAGAAGCAGGCCACCUUCGAAGCCGCAAAGCUGCAGGGCUCCACCAAGAAAGUUUCGUGA